AUCAUUAUUAUUAUUAUGAUUAUUUUCCUGUAUUCAUAUUGUUGGUAUCGCUAUAAAUAUUAUAAUUCUGUGUUUGCCACCGUUUAUUAUGUCGAUAUUUUUAUAUCAAGCGUCUUUGUUAUAUAAACGCCCAUAUUUCAACGCUAUGGUGAGGAGACGUCGGGCAUCUGUCAUGUUCUUUUCUGUCCGCUUGUCUUCGGCGUUAUGGACGUCGUCGCCUGCCAGUGUAUUACAAGCGUAAGGGCAGAACUAGAAACUGCAAUGAAACAGCUGAAGGGAGGUGUCUGACUGGGAAGUGUAGAGACGAGGAAAGUGCUCGUGCCGGUUGGGUUCUGAAAAUAAGUGCUGUCGGUAAAUAUUUGAUGCGCGUCUUGAGGUGUCGGUUGCGCGUUAACGGGGUGAGACGCAUCCUCGAUCAUAUUCUUUGCAUGUUGAAUUUCAUCAUGUUGCAUUCGGUGUCUUGGGGUUUUCUUUGUGUUUCGUGUUGGGCUAUUACUGUACGCAUGCCGUUACUCUCUCAUAAAUCCCGUCUGUCUUUGUUGACAGCUGCUGUGAGAUAGCGGCGUAAACCUUUGCUCCGUUUUCGUCUCCAUUAGCCCGUCGGGGCGCAUUCCAUCUAAUGCAACUAUUCCCUACCGUUUGUUAAAUUUGUCAAUUGACCUGGAGGUGCCCUGGGGUGCAUUAUGUCUCUGUGUGUUUAUCUGUGCUGAGGAGCAGAGAAGCAGAUGAGUUAUUUCGCAGCCGAACACUGUCAACAUUUCCAAAUGCAACAAAACGGAGAACAGUAACCUCUGAGAAAACAGGCCAAUAUGCUGUUUGAUGACGUAGCAAUAUCAGGAAGAAAACCGGAGAGAUGCUUUAAGCCAAAAAUGGAUUUGAAAGGCAAGAUGGAGGCUGUAUCACCUUACUGAAACAUCCAAUCCGGAACUCCAAUGCACAGUCCAACAAAUAACCGUGCAAGAGACAAUCUCCAUCAAUUACAUUAAACCACUCAAUAUCUGCAUGUCUGUCUGAGUUUGUGCUUCUAAGUCAGUGUGUGUGUCUAUGUAUGUUUGUGUGCAGUGAUGGAAUGGUCUUUAGAGCGAAUGAGGGAAUGGGUGGCGGGUGGCAUGCAGUCGGUACGGGAAUGUGAGUCCAGCGCUCUGGGCACUGCCCUUUGUCUCGCCCUCCUGUUUAUCUGGUACUGCUACCGUGUGGGAUGCGAGCACGCUGCCCCUUCUCUCCGUGGUGGCUUCACCCCCGAGCCACGUGGCAGCACCGUGCCCGGUGGAGUCCUGAGCUCGGGUCUCACAUCCCGCGGAGGUUCGCUGAAACUCCGUCAAGUCACUGGGGUUGGAGGUGUGGUCAGCGAGGAAGAACUUAACGGCUUUGCCUACUGCCAGUCACCUGAGUGCUUCCGUUGCACGAAGCCCGGCGAGGGCCUGAACCAGCGACUCUACCAUAGCCUCCAAGAGUACGCCAAGCGCUACACCUGGGCCGGCAUGGGGAGAGUGCACAAAGGCGUACGCGAGCAGGGGCGCUACUUACUCUGCAGUCGCCCCUCCAUCCAGAAACCGGAGGUCUUCUUCCUGCCAGAUCUUCCUUCUGCUCCAUUCUUUUCACGAGAGGCACAAAAACACGACGUGGAGCUUUUGGAGAGAAGUUUCCCCACAUUGCUGGCUGAGUUUGAGAGCGUGUACCGGCUGCUGUCCAGUCGGACUGGCUCCUCACUUCCGCCGGGCUGGAAGGCCAACAGCACACCUCGCGGCCAGUGGUGGACCUUCUAUCUGGUGAACCAGGGUACUCCGAUGGUGCUGAAUGCCAGGCGUUGUCCACGGGCGUGGAGGGUACUCGGGCAGCUCCGUACUUUUAUUGCUAAUAAUGUGUUUGGAAAUGCCUGCUUCUCAGUGCUCAGUCCUGGAGCCACCAUCACUGAGCAUUAUGGGCCAACCAAUGUACGCCUGCGCUGCCACCUUGGACUGAAGGUGCCCCCUGGUUGUGAGUUGGUAGUCGGUGGAGAACCGCAGUGCUGGUCUGAGGGAAGCUGCCUGCUGUUUGACGAUUCUUUUCUUCACACUGCUUUCCAUGGUGGUUCUGCUGAAGAUGGCCCGAGAGCUGUAUUCAUGGUGGACCUCUGGCAUCCAAACGUGGCAGCUGCUGAGAGACAGGCGCUGGACUACAUCUUUACCCCUGGACGCUGAGGGGCGGAAGCAGUGAAGAAGGUGGAAAGCCGAAGGAAAAGGAUUUCCAUUGAAUUAGCAGUAUGUGUAGGCGAAACUUUCGUGAGUGGGAAAGAGGAUAAGCACAUCAGUCUCCUCUUCUAGUUUAUGUACCUUUAUUCUGACUUUCCCUCUUAGCACUGCUGCAGUAGAGACUGAACCAUCACUAUUGUACAUUAUCAAUGUUUACAGACCACUAACCAUAGCAAAAAACGUUUGAAGACCUUUGCUUGAGACAAAGCCCUCGAGGAAAUUCACCAGUUGAUUAUUUUCAUUCUUGAAAGUCAGCUGCAGUUGACAGGGUCUCAUUAUAUCAGUUUCAUUUCACCUCGCGCACUGACAGUCAACCGCACAUGGAGACGCACUUUUAUCGGUAGGAUUGAAUAGGAAGCACAAUACGAUGUUUGGUCUGUACAUUUUUCCUGAGGUGAGGCUUACGCCAGCGAAGGUAAACAGUCGUAAAACGUCACGCGCUGCAGCGACAGGGAUUUGACAUUUACAGAAAAUGUACGUGGAUAUAUGGCAGAGAUGUUACACACUACCAGCUAUUGUGUACAAUUACCUCCAUCAAAUGCACUAGUGGCAGUUUUUGUUGCCACGUCUAAGCCAGGGUGAGAAAGAAUGAGAGCACAUCGAAUCAGCCUGCUUUCCACUUUGCUCUUUCCUACCCUGAGUUUUCAAGUAAAAUCAGAUUGCGUAUCAAUAGCUUUGUAUCUCUUUAAAACAAACGUGGGACAUGCCGCCUAGUAUUUUCGAAAAACACAACGUUGUUGGCUGUUAAUAUGUGCUAGGUUCAGCCUUAUUGUGCUUUGUUGUACUGCUUGUAAACCUAGCUUUCGUGGUUGUCGCAUUGAUAUUGGUACAUUCCUUUUGUAAGAUGACAGACAGUUUACAGAGUGUUUCGUGAGAAGUUACAUUUUAUAUCAUUGUGUGACUUUUGGAGUUGCGAAUCGAUUUUAUGACAAUGUUCCUACUUCCAUGUUUCCAACUUGUGCUUCAUGGACUCACUUUGCAAUGGAUGAGUAAUUCUUUUGAUUUAAUAAAGAAGUAAUUAAAUA